AUGAACAAUAUUAACAUCUCUGAAAUCUUAUUAGGAAACACUUCUUUCUUCGCGAGCAAAUCAUGCUUUACGACCGGCAUAUCUUACAACGAACACAAAGUACCAUCCAUGACGACAAUGGUGAUAAAUGGAAUUUUCUCUCCCAUUGCAGUUUUGCUGAAUUCUUUAAUCAUUCUUAUAAUUUGCCGAACAACUUCACUUCAAGAUGUUCCUGAGAAUAUCCUCAUUGCCGGUCUUUCGCUUGCAGACUUACUAACAGGAGUUCUUACUCAACCUCUAUUUGUUCUGUCCAAAGUCCUGUGGCUGAAGUGCAACGGUCUUUAUUCAACAAUCAGCGACAACGUACUUGUCCCUUCGAUGUUGAUGUGUUCCGGAAGCGCAUUCGUUUUCAUUGCUGCUUUAAGCUUGGAAAAGGUUCUCGCUCUCCACUUCCACUUACGAUAUAAUUCCAUCAUCACGACCAAGCGUACUUGGAUUUUUACUGGAACAGCAUGGCUAUCGAUUUUCCUCUUUUCCCUCUUGUUAGGUCUUGAAGUAGUUGACCAAAACACUAUGAACAGUGCAAGUAGUUUCGUUGGUUCGGUAUGUAUUGUCAUUACUUUGGUGGCGCUCAUAAGAAUCUUGACUACCGUGAAACGACAUCGAAGACAAAUUUCAGCUCAAAUAUCUCAUAUUAGGCGAGCAAAUCCUCAUCUCCAAGUACCGGAGCUGACAAGUUGGCAAGCAGCUUUACGAGAAAUCAAAAGGGCUAUUAAUCUUGCCUACUUUGUAGGACUAUAUUUCAUUUUCUUUACUCCACAUCUCGUACUCCAGUUAUAUAAGGUCGUGAACAACAUCAAAAUCGGUUCUCUGGUGAACUAUUACGUAUCGACGGAAACAAUACUUUUUAUUAGGGCAUCUUUCAGUCCUGUCGUAUGGCUUUUGAGAAAAAGAGAAUUCAGAAAUGCGUUGAAAACAGUUUGGGCAGGUGAACGAGGAAGCUGA